GAGUGCCGUGAAUGGAGCAGCUAUAAAGUUGAACCUGAAGAAAAUCCCUUCUACUACGGACUUUUAGUCGUUGGUUGUUUUGAAAUUUGUGCAUAUUUGUUUUAAAGAAGGCAUGUACGACCAAGAUGAAGAAGUUUAUGGUGAGGAGGAGACUGAUGACCUGACACCCGAUCAGUGGCAGGAGGCCUGCUGGAUUGUCAUCAGCUCUUACUUUGAUGAGAAGGGUCUCGUCCGUCAGCAGUUGGACUCCUUUGAUGAGUUCAUCCAGAUGUCGGUUCAGAGAAUCGUGGAGGACUCACCAGCUGUUGAUCUACAGGCCGAGGCUCAGCAUUUAACCACAGAACAAGAAGUGCCUACAAGAUACCUUCUGAAGUUUGAGCAGAUCUAUCUCUCCAAGCCAACUCAUUGGGAGAAGGAUGGCUCACCGAGUCCUAUGAUGCCAAAUGAAGCUCGUCUCAGAAAUCUCACGUAUUCUGCUCCAUUGUAUGUUGACAUCACAAAGACAGUACUCAAGGAUGGAGAGGAUCCACAAGAAACUAUCCAUCAGAAAACCUUCAUUGGGAAGAUUCCUAUCAUGCUUCGCUCAACGUACUGCCUCCUCAACGGACUCACAGAUCGUGAUCUAACAGAAUUGAAUGAGUGUCCCCUCGAUCCCGGAGGCUACUUCAUCAUCAACGGCUCUGAGAAGGUUCUCAUUGCCCAGGAGAAGAUGUCCACCAACUCAGUGUAUGUCUUUGCCAAGAAAGACUCCAAGUAUGCCUUCACUGCAGAGUGCAGAUCAUGCCUUGAGCAUUCCUCACGUCCUACCAGUACCCUCUGGGUUCAUAUGAUGGCCAAGGGAGGACAGGGUGCUAGGAAGAGUGCCAUUGGUCAGAGAAUGAUAUCAGUACUACCCUACAUCAGACAGGAAGUACCGAUCAUGGUGGUCUUCAGAGCUCUUGGAUUUGUGGCUGAUCGUGACAUCCUGGAACAUAUCAUCUAUGACUUUGAUGAUCCAGAAAUGAUGGAAAUGGUCAAACCUUCUUUGGACGAGGCAUUUGUCAUCCAGGAACAGAGUGUUGCUCUGAACUUCAUUGGAGCCCGUGGAGCACGACCCGGUGUCACCAAGGAAAGACGUAUCAAGUACGCUAGGGAGAUCCUGCAGAAAGAAAUGUUGCCUCACGUUGGUGUCAGCGACUUCUGUGAAACGAAGAAAGCAUACUUCCUUGGAUAUUGUGUACAUAGAUUACUUCUGGCUACGAUUGGUCGUCGGGAGGUAGAUGAUCGUGAUCACUAUGGUAACAAGCGAUUGGAUCUUGCGGGUCCACUCCUAGCUUUCCUCUUCAGAGGGCUCUUCAAGAAUCUUCUCAAAGAAGUCCGCAUGUAUGCUCAGAAAUUCAUUGACAAGGGCAAGGACUUCAACAUGGAGCUUGCCAUUAAGACUAGGAUCAUCACAGACGGUCUCAAGUAUUCCUUGGCCACCGGUAAUUGGGGCGACCAGAAGAAGGCCCAUCAGGCCAGGGCUGGUGUUUCACAGGUGUUGAAUAGAUUAACAUUCGUAUCCACUCUCUCUCAUCUGAGGCGUCUCAACUCUCCCGUUGGACGUGAUGGAAAGUUAGCCCGCCCUCGUCAGCUUCACAACACACAAUGGGGUAUGGUGUGCCCUGCAGAGACCCCAGAGGGUCAUGCUGUAGGUCUAGUAAAGAACCUUGCUUUAAUGGCCUACAUCUCUGUGGGAUCACAACCCAGUCCUAUCCUGGAAUUCUUAGAAGAGUGGAGCAUGGAAAACUUGGAAGAAAUAGCCCCCUCUGCCAUCAACGAAGCAACUAAGAUCUUUGUAAAUGGCUGCUGGGUUGGUAUCCAUAGAGACCCUGAACAGCUGAUGAAUACCCUGAAGAAACUUCGUAGACAGAUGGAUAUCAUCGUAUCAGAGGUAUCCAUGGUAAGAGACAUCAGGGAGAGAGAGAUCCGCAUCUUCACUGAUGCUGGCAGGAUUUGUCGCCCUCUCUUGAUCGUCGAGAACCAGAAGUUAUUGCUCAAGAAACGCCAUGUUAGCAUGCUGAAAGAGAGAGAAUACAACAAUUACAGUUGGCAGGAUCUAGUGGCUAGCGGUGUGGUGGAGUACAUCGACACCAUGGAGGAGGAGACUGUCAUGUUGGCGAUGACACCUGAUGAUCUUCAGGAGAAAGGCAUGGGGUACUGUUCAACCUACACCCAUUGUGAGAUUCAUCCAUCUAUGAUCUUAGGUGUCUGCGCUUCUAUCAUUCCAUUCCCUGAUCAUAAUCAGUCUCCCCGUAACACCUACCAGUCUGCUAUGGGUAAGCAAGCGAUGGGUGUCUACAUCACCAACUAUCACGUACGUAUGGAUACCCUGGCUCACGUGCUCUACUACCCCCAGAAGCCGCUCACCACCACCCGAUCCAUGGAGUACCUUCGCUUCAGGGAACUGCCUGCUGGGAUCAACUCGGUGGUUGCCAUUGCCUCCUAUACAGGAUACAACCAGGAAGAUUCUGUCAUCCUGAAUGCCAGCGCCAUCGAUAGAGGCUUCUUCAGAUCUGUUUUCUAUCGGUCUUACAAAGAUUCUGAAUCCAAGUCGGUUGACAAAGAUGAGCUGUUUGAGAAACCAUCUCGGGAAACAUGCCAAGGAAUGCGGAAUGCAGUUUAUGACAAGCUAGAAGAAGAUGGAAUCAUUCCUCCAGGUACCAGGGUGUCUGGUGAUGAUGUCAUCAUUGGCAAGACGUGCACAUUACCGGAGAAUGAAGAUGAGCUUGAAGGUACGAGUCGACGUUUCACCAAGCGAGAUUGCAGUACUUUCAUGAGAUCUAGUGAGACUGGCAUCAUUGAUCAGGUCAUGGUCAGCAUCAAUCAAGAUGGCUACAAGUUCUGUAAGAUCAAGGUAAGAUCUGUGAGAACACCUCAAAUCGGAGAUAAGUUUGCUAGUCGUCAUGGUCAGAAAGGAACAUGUGGAAUCAAGUAUAGAGUAGAGGAUAUGCCAUUCACCUGUGAGGGUAUCACUCCAGACAUCAUCAUCAAUCCCCACGCUAUCCCGUCCCGUAUGACCAUUGGUCAUUUAAUCGAGUGCCUACAGGGUAAGGUGUCAUCCAACAAGGGUGAGAUAGGAGAUGCCACGCCCUUCAACGACUCCGUCAACGUCCAGAAGAUCUCAAAUCUCCUCCACGAGUAUGGCUACCACCAAAGAGGAAAUGAGGUUCUCUUCUGUGGAUUCACUGGACGUAAGAUCAGCACACAGAUCUUCCUUGGUCCCACCUAUUACCAACGAUUGAAACAUAUGGUUGAUGACAAGAUACACUCCAGAGCAAGAGGACCUGUACAGAUCCUUAACAGACAGCCCAUGGAAGGAAGAUCACGUGAUGGCGGUCUUCGAUUCGGUGAGAUGGAACGUGAUUGCCAGAUCUCCCAUGGUGCCGCUCAGUUCCUGCGUGAACGUCUGUUUGAGGUUUCAGAUCCUUAUCGGGUUCACGUCUGUAAUUUCUGUGGUCUCAUGGCCAUUGCCAAUUUGAGGAACAACACCUUCGAGUGCAGAGGGUGCAAGAACAAAACACAGAUCUCUCAAGUCCGUUUGCCCUAUGCCUGCAAGCUUCUCUUCCAAGAGCUCAUGUCAAUGUGCAUCGCCCCUCGCAUGAUGGUCCUUCCUGCAUAAGCUCACUGGCCUAUAUUCUGAAUAAAGGUUUACCAUUGUUUACAUCCAGGAUCAAACACGAUUUACACCGCAUGUUUACUAUGAUUCACAUCAAAGUUUUACCACAGUUUACAGCCAGGCUUACCAUGCGUUACAUUCACAUUUUUUAUCCAGGAUUAAAUGUGGUUUUAUGUUUACAUCCUAGUUUUGCAAUGUGUUUACAUCUGAGUUGUACAACAAAUUUACAUCCAAAUACAGGUACAUGAUAACCUUUGAUAACGUACCAGUAGAUAGAACAGUCCAAGUUCAUUACUAAUGGCAUUCUAAAAAGCAAUCUGAGGCCUGUAUCACAAAGCUUAACAUUUUUCUACAAUUGAUUGCAUGGACUACAAUCGUGAAAAUCAAGCUUACGAUUAAUUGCUAACUUUUGUGUUUUGGGACCCUGAGGCCCAGUAUCAUAAAACGUUUUGUGAUAACAAAGCUGAUUGGCUGAUAAUAAAUUUGAUAUAGAAAUUGUGAAUUGGUUAUUAUAACAAGUCUUUAUGAAAUGGGAUCCUGAUCUAUGUGAUAGAAGUUUGUAAAAAAUAUGAUACAGUUAAGCAGGCUCUGUUGAUAACCUUUGGUUACAUACCAGUAGAUAGAACAGUCCAAAGGCAUUACUAAUGCCAUUCU